AUGUCGAGCACGAACUCUUUAUCUCAAAACCAAAAGAAAGGCAACAGGAAAGGCCGCAAAAAUCGGAAAACAUCACAAAAGCCCCCUAAUGUGGCAGAUAAAAAGGAAGAAGUUGAGCCAAGAGACCAAGACGGUGAAUUUCAGGACGAAGGAGUAGAAGGACCAGAUAAUGAUAUAGAAAUAUGUCAUAUCUGCGCAGAAUCGAUGGAAAAGAAAUCCUAUGCCGUGGCCGAGUGUAACCAUCAGACAUGUCACAUCUGUGCUCUUCGCCUGAGGGCCCUGUAUAAAAAAAGCUGGAAUACGCCUCAAUCCUCUCUAAUUAUCACAUCAUCUAAACGUCCUUACGAGUCAUUUUCACCUUCCGAUCUACCUUAUAGUGAUGACAAGCUUGGAAUGAGGUUUGAAUCCCAGGAAUUAAUGGAAGAUUGCUUAAUUCUACUCCGUUUCAACUGCCCGGAUAUAAAUUGUGACUUUGUCGCCACAGGCUGGCCGGAACUCAGGGCACACGUUCGAAGGUUUUCUUCUCGUCAUUCCAAACACACUGCCGCAUCUUCAGAUAUCGAAUCUCAUCCGGUAUGCGCCUUUUGUGAUGAGGCCUUGAAUAAGACACCAGUAGUAUGCUAUCCAAACUUCUUGUGUCAUUCGGCUCAUCUAACCAACAAAUACAGCUUUGAAAACUACACAUCCCUGAAAUUCGUCGUGUUUUCGAGCGCUUUGGACUUGAAAGCUCAUGUAGUAGAGAAGCAUAGCGAAACUCUGUCAGCUCGGGAUCUUAAGGAUAUUCGCCGUAUACAGGCUGAAUUCGUACCAUUGGACACAGGGAGAGGGAACCGGCACACUACUCGGCCCAUCGAUCGCCAGAAUGCAGCACCAAGUUCCAAUUCAAACGAAACUCCAAGGCCUGCAGAAUCAUCGGCACAGGCGCGUAGGCGUCAAGGGUUCUCCAGCGGUUUGACCACAGAUACCCCCGUCACUGCGACACCAGUCGUAAUAGAGCAGCACAACGCUUUCUUAUCACGACUUGCCGCAGCAACAAGCAAUUCUUCAAACUCAAUAUCCGCAGCCAAAGCAGCCAUACGUGCAUAUCGCUCAUCUGAAUCUAGCGCGAGGGACCUUGUUGAUACAUUUUAUACGAUCUUGGACCAACAGCUCGACGUGACAGGGGGCUUGUUGUCAUCGUUGGUCAACCUUUUGGACAAUGAAGACAAGAAAUCAGACCUUUUGAGUGCUUGGAAUACUUUCAAAUUAGAGCAUCGGCCCGAAUUUCCUUCCCUUGUCCCCGCUAGCUCUGGAAAUUAUGCUGGUGUAGCGAAUGGGCGCGCUUUGCAAGUUAAACGACUUCAGACGGCAGCUGGUGGACGAAAGAGAGUUUGGGAUCGAGUCGAGCAAGCCGCAGCAUCCACGUCGACAUCUAUGCCGCAUCGCAUCCCAAAUGCAACGCGCGUGCCUCUGCCCACUGGUUCUUCCACUCCUUGGUCGCGUUCUGCAAGUGGUAUGACAUUACCGAGCAAUUCGACUCGACCGCAAACAAGACAAACCGAGGAGCUUGCGUCCAAUUCAUCAGCCUUUCCCUCAUUACCGUCUGCAAACGUAGCAAGAGCACCAAAGGAGUUCGUUUCGGGCCAAUCAUCUCUCAGAGCCAUUACUGGACCUCCUGCAACGAACAAUGCAUGGGGCGCAGAAUCACGUCCCGAUCCUACAAUUAUAGACGAUCCUUCCGUUAACUCAUCGUCCAAGAAGAAAAAAGGGGGGAAACAAACACUUUUCACUCUAGGUUCAUACAGUUCAAAUUUUGUGAAAGAGGACUAUCUUACUUGUAAGCUAUCAGUCAAUGUCACCAGCUUGAACCAAUCAAGAUUAUUGCCUGACUGGCAUAUAUUGAGA